CUUCAGUGGGAGAAGUGGAACUGGUGCAGAAGGGCGUACAUUACAGCGAUGCCGAAACGUGGGGAAAAGGGAGCGGUGGUCGAAGACGCGGAAGAGCCCAAGACUGAGCCAGAGGCGAAGAAGAGUAAGGCAGGAGCGAAAAAGAAUGAAAAAGAGGCAGUAGGAGAGGGCGCAGUUCUGUAUGAAGACCCCCCAGAUCAGAAAACCUCACCCAGUGGCAAAUCAGCCACACUCAAGAUCUGCUCGUGGAAUGUGGAUGGGCUUCGAGCCUGGAUUAAGAAGAAAGGUUUAGAUUGGGUAAAGGAAGAAGCCCCAGACAUCCUGUGCCUCCAAGAGACCAAAUGUUCCGAGAACGAACUACCAGUUGAACUUCAAGAACUGUCUGGAUUAUCCCAUCAGUACUGGUCAGCUCCUUCAGACAAGGAAGGGUACAGUGCUGUGGGCCUCCUCUCCCGCCAGUGCCCACUCAUCUCUUAUGGCAUCGGUGAGGAAGAACAUGAUCAGGAAGGCCGAGUGACUGUGGCUGAAUAUGAGGCGUUUGUGCUGGUGACAGCCUAUGUGCCUAAUGCAGGCCGUGGUCUGGUGCGCCUGGAGUAUCGCCAGCACUGGGAUGAAGCCUUUCGCAAAUUCCUGAAGGGUUUGGCAUCCCGCAAGCCCCUUGUGCUAUGUGGAGACCUCAACGUGGCUCAUGAAGAAAUUGACCUUCGCAACCCAAAGGGAAAUAAAAAGAAUGCUGGCUUCACUCCACAAGAGCGGCAGGGCUUCGGGGAACUGCUGCAGGCUGUGCCCCUCACUGACAGCUUCCGGCACCUCUACCCCAACACGGCCUAUGCCUACACCUUUUGGACCUAUAUGAUGAAUGCGCAAUCCAAAAACGUUGGUUGGCGCCUUGAUUAUUUUUUGUUAUCUCAGUCUCUGUUGCCUGCAUUGUGUGACAGUAAAAUCCGUUCCAAGGCUCUGGGCAGUGACCACUGUCCCAUUACCCUAUACCUAGCUCUGUGA